UCAAAUUGGAGGUUAUGGUGAAAUCGUGUUAUGUGACUUCGGAUUGACGAUUUUCGGUAAAACUACAGUUAAAAUGUUUCUUAAAAGUACACUUUUCCUCACAAAAGCAUAUCCCAGCGCCGCGAGCACCGCCUUCCGGAGUUUGUACUCGGCGGCCAGCCUCGGAGUGGACGGGUACGCUGCGUACCGGGAGAAGACGCGCACUCAGCAUCUGCACAAUGUGGACAAUUUCAAGCGCAAGAUGCGUGACUUCGUGUCUGGAUCGACAACAAAUAUGAUCUUCACAGAGGACCUAAAAAAUAUCAUUCACCUGCUGGAUAACACGGCGGAAGAUAAGAAACUGCUUAAAGACACGAUCGCCCGGUACAACAAGCAGGGCAAAGAGCUGCGCUUCGGGAACUACGUGUUUGGACCGGUCAUCAUGCGAGCCUGCCACCAUAUGGGCGAUCAUGAGCUGGCACUCGAUCUGUUCCGGGAUGCCGGCAAUGAGGGCUUUUUCGAUCAACUCUCCAGCUACCAGAUACUGAGCGAUCUGCUGUAUGAGCAUGGCCGCUAUCAGGAGGUGAGGGAGCUGUUUGAUUCCAUCAAAAGUCGCCAGAUUCAGGGUGGCCGCUUCCCAAAGCACUGCAUCACGCUAACGUUCGCCGCGUGCUACAAAGAGAACACACCCGAAGCCUUCCAGUACGCAAUGGACCUUUGGAAGGAAGUAAACUCCGUGGGACACGUGCCAAUGCGUAAAGCGACAGCCUUCGCGGCGGCCAGCGCCCUGAACAACGGCAAACCAGAGAUUGCACUGGAGAUACUGAGCACGGUGACGAAGGGCAACUACGUAACCAUUCGGCAGCUCAAAACGCUGUGCCUCUGUAGCCUCGGACGACUGGACGAUCUCAUGCCAAUCUUCCGCGGUGUGUUAGAAGUGAGGGGUAACUUUGAGAAGAAGCAAACCUUUAGCCGUGAGGUGAUCCAGCGGGUACAGGAAGCACUAAAGCAAGCACCAGAGGGUACGGCUAGUGCUACGACCUUGAAGCAGGAUCUGGAACGAAUGAUCGAGUUCCUCGAAACGAAUGGACAGAUCACGGAUGAAACGCUCGACCAGAUACUGUGCUCGGAGAUCGUCUCGACUGGACAGCAGCGUAACGAUGCUAAGAACAAUCUGGCCGAAAGCUACAAUACGCGUGGUGGCCGUCAGCAGCAGCGACCCUUUCGGCCAAACAAAGGCAAUCCGAGCAUACGGCCCGGAUUAAGCGAUAUGAACUAAGUGGCCGCUAGAUCAUUUGGAAUAAAAUAAAAAGAGAUAGAGAGAGCUUGCUUCUCUGUUAG